AUGGCGGUCGCUUCUCGUGGGACGGAAGUGGCAUCGAUCACGUAUACCUUCUUGAUUCUGUCCACUAUUGCGACACUUCUUCGAAUCUACUGUCGUGGCUGGGUAAUCAAGGCGUUCUCCUACGAUGACUGGCUUGCGGUGGCGGCUCAGUUCCUGUUCAUAAUCUUCUGCGCCUAUGAAAUCACCGGCGUCACAUACGGCACUGGAAAACAUUUCGCUGAUAUCGAAGAUGGACACGUCCCGAAGGCAAUGCAGAUGUGGUGGACGUGUGAACCUCUUUACGUCUUGUGCAACAUGGCUAUCAAAGCCAGUAUUGCCAUCUUUUUGCUGCGCAUUUGCGUGACAAGAGUCCACAAGAUCAUCAUUUGGACUGUUAUCGGAGUCACUGAACUCUACAGUUUUUUCUUCUUCCUUCUUUUCGUCCUGCAAUGCCGGCCCACCUCUCUUUUCUGGCUUCGUUACUCAACAAACCCCCCAGAGGGAAAUUGCCUGGAUGCGUCCGUGGUUGCGAAUGCAUUCUAUGGCUAUUCCGCCAUUAGCUGUGUCACCGACUGGACCUACAGUAUUCUUCCAAUUUUCCUCGUUUGGUCGCUACAGAUGAACACCCGAGUGAAAGUUUCGGUGGUGCUUAUUUUGGCUGCCGGUGCAAUUGCAUCGAGUGCGACGAUCGUCCGUUUCCCCUAUCUCUACUCCCUGACCGACAUCAACGAUUUCCUUUACUCCACCGCAGAUGUCGCAAUCUGGUCAACCAUUGAGACUGGUCUUGGCAUCACUGCUGCCGGAGUUGCAACUCUCCGACCCCUCCUGAAGACCUUCUUCGGUGGAGGAUCAUCUGCUCCAGGACACGGCACCUCUGCUCGUCAAUGGCAAAGAACAGGCAGCGGUCAUCCUAAAGGAGAGACUGGUUUCGACUUGCACGACAGAAGCAACAAGGGUCUCGGAGUGACAACUGUCAUCGACUAUGGCAACAACCACGGCGUCGAUAUCGAGAGCCAAAAGGUCAAGGGUGAUAACCGAUCUGACACUUCAAACCCGUUUGCUGGCGGAGACGAUUGGAAUAGCAGCCAAACAAACCUGGCAGAAAGCCCAGAUAAUGGAGGGCAGGGAUGGAACAUUACGGUCAAGAAGUCGAUCGUUCAGACUAGUGGCAACGCCUAA